AUGGAGGAGAGGGCUGCGAAGAAGAGGAAGACGUCCCAGGACACCCAGGCAGGCAAUGAGCUGAGGAUGGAGACCAAGGAGGACAAAUCCCCCCAGCAGAACAUCAUGGAAGAGGCCAUUUUGAGCAGUUGCACAGCACAGGAAUCCAGUGGGGAGGAAAAGUCACGGAGAUCUUGUGUAAAGAGGGGCUGCAAACACCGCCCAGGGUACUCUGAGAGGGAAAGGCCCUCCCUGUGCCAGGAAGGCACUCAGAGGUUCAGCCAGGGCUUGGAGCUGGGCGUCCAUGAGCAGCUUCAUGCUGGGGAGAAGCCCUACAAGUGCUUGGAGUGUGGGAAGAGCUUCAGUAAAAGCACCCUCCUGAUCUAUCACCGGCUGAUCCACACUGGGGAAUGGCCCUACGAGUGUGGGGAAUGUGGGAAGGGCUUCAGCUGCAGCUCUCAACUGAUCCACCACCAGCGCAUCCACACUGGGGAGAGGCCCUACGAAUGUUCUGACUGUGGGAAGAGGUUUUCACAGAGCUCCAAUCUCCUCACACACCAGCGGAUUCACACAGAUGAGAGGCCCUUCCGCUGCCCUGACUGUGGGAAGGGCUUCAAGCGAAACUUCACCCUCAUCAUCCACCAGYGCAUCCACACUGGGGAGAGGCCCUACGAGUGUCCCGAGUGUGGGAAGAGCUUCUACUGUAGCUCUCACUUGAUCCAACACCAAUGCCGGCACCACUAAGGGAAUCCCUGUGAGUGCCCUGACUGCAGGAAAUGCUUCAUCCGCUGCUCCAACUUCAUCCUCCAUCACAGAACCCAGUUUGGGAAGAGCCCUGGUGACCCACA